CAGUGUUUCACAGCACACACUUUGCAAUCGUCGCCGUGAUUCUACAGAAAAGCGCGUUUGCAUAAUCGGAGAUUCUGUGAAGAUGUCGUCAGGUGCAGCUGCUCCCAACAACGAGGAAGACAAGAAGCCAGAAGCAGGUGGUGCUCACAUCAACCUCAAGGUCAAGGGUCAGGAUGGUAAUGAAGUGUUCUUCAGGAUCAAGAGGAACACUCAAUUGAAAAAGCUUAUGAAUGCUUACUGUGAUCGUCAGUCUGUGGAUUUCAACUCCAUUGCUUUUCUCUUUGAUGGGCGUCGUCUCCGUGCUGAACAGACUCCCGAUGAGUUGGAGAUGGAAGAUGGGGAUGAAAUUGACGCCAUGCUUCAUCAGACAGGAGGUUCUGUUGUCUGAACCAAGUGAUGAAGCUUCUGCCAUAUUAUGAACUAUGAAUAGAAUUAGUUUAACCUAGGGCCAGACUAAUGCAUAUAAUGCAUCUUCUAUUAUCUACUAGUAUAUCAUACAGCUGUUGCAGCUGUACUUUGUAAGGGCGAUGCUUCCUUUGUUAAUACAAUUAUGAGUGGUUUUAUAAUAUUUAUGCCUGUGAAAGCUUAUACUCAUUUGUCUUGAGCUUGUUUAGCUCUGAAGUAUUUAUUGGAUGUUCAGCUCAUGUCAUCCUGGCUUAAAGUGAUUAAACUUGAUCAUAAUUAUUUAUGUGCAUGUGAAUGUAUGAGUUUUAAUUUA